AUGAGCCCUAUAAUCCGACGGAUUGCUGUCCUAUGCAUAGCCACUACCCUCCUCUACCUUGCCUUUCGCCAACUCACACUCAGCGCCCACUUUCCCAUACCGACCCUCACGUCCUCGAAUCGAGUCAAGGGACCGGUAGCAUGGAAGGACAUACCACUCAAGUACCCGAUCGCCUCUACGAUCGCACUGCCGACCGGCACACCCUCCGCUAUUCCCCGCAUACAGCAUGACUUCGGCGUCGACACCCAGCACAACAAAGCGGAAAGGCUACAUAGACAGGCUGCCGUGAAAGAAGCGUUCUUGCACUCCUGGAACGGAUACAAGAAGCACGCGUGGUUGCAAGACGAGGUCACUCCGGUAACAGGAGGUUAUACCAAUGGCUUUGGCCAGCGCGGCGCAACGCUUGUCGAUACGCUGGACACUCUGGCUAUCAUGGGUCUAGAUGAGGAGUUUGAGGCAGCUGUAAAGGCUGUCAGGAGCAUCGACUUCACCACAAGUGCCACUCCUCGUCUGAAUGUUUUCGAGACCACGAUACGAUAUUUGGGAGGACUGCUGAGCGCGUACGAUGUAAGCGAGGCAAAGCACGGCGUUCUCCUGGACAAGGCUACAGAGCUGGGUGAUAUGCUGUAUGCUGCCUUUGACACCUCGAAUCGCAUGCCCAUUGGCCGCUGGGAUUGGGAAAACGCCGCUCUACGCAUGUACCAAGAAGCAGAUGGCCAAGGACUCAGUGCUGAGCUAGGCUCGUUGACUCUCGAAUUCACACGUCUUACACAGCUUACAGGAGAUGCAAAAUACUACGACGCCGUAGCGCGCAUAACCGCUUUGCUGUCCAAGCACCAGGACCGCACCCAGAUCCCUGGUCUCUUCCCAAUCCGUGUCAGCCCUGCACGCGAAGACUUCUUGCAAGAUAAGACAUUCACCAUGGGCGGCAUGUCCGACUCGCUGUACGAGUAUCUUCCGAAACAACAUCUCCUCCUGAACGGCCUCGACCCCCAAUACCAAAAUCUCUACUCGAACGCUAUCAGAGAAGCGAAGCAACACCUCUUUUUUCGGCCUCUCAAUCCGCAGAAUGCUGAUAUCCUGAUGUCUGGAUCAGCUCACAUCAACAGCCUUGGCAGUACCAAACUUAUCCCCGAGGGCCAGCACCUCGCGUGUUUCACGGGCGGCAUGGUCGCACUUGCUGCCAAAAUCUUCAACCGCACAGACGAGCUAGCCACAGCGCGAAAGUUGGUUGAUGGAUGUGUGUGGGCGUAUGACAGCAUGCCGACGGGGAUCAUGCCGGAGCGCUUCACCCUAAUUCCAUGUUAUGGGGAAGAAGACUGCACAUGGCGGACCGAGAAGUGGAACGAAGCCGUCAAAGCGGCAGGCUUCGGCGAAUAUGUGAGGGAACUGGACGCAGCAGAUAUCAUCAAGGAAGACAGUCUGGCGCCAGGCUUCGCAAGAAUCAGUGAUAGGCGAUUUCUCCUCCGACCCGAGGCCAUCGAAUCCGUCUUCAUCCUAUACCGCAUAACCGGCGACCCCACGCUGGCGGACACAGCAUGGCGCAUGUUCGAAGCAAUCAACAACGCAACCAUGGCCGAGUUCGCACACUCGGCCAUCGCAGACGUGACGGUGCCCAACGAGCAAGAGAGCCAGAAGUUAGACCAGUGCGAGAGCUUCUGGAUGGCCGAGACGCUCAAGUACUUCUAUCUCAUCUUCAGCGAACCUGACCUGAUUAGCUUGGACGAUUAUGUAUUAAACACCGAGGCACAUCCGCUGCGCAGGCCGCUGGCGACUUGA